CCCCAAAUCCAAUAUGGUAUUAGAGCUAGGUUUCCAAGGGGUGGUGGUGGCGGCGGCGACUAUGGAGGAGUGCUGCUCCAUGGUGGCCGGAGGUGAGGGGGGGAAUUGACCGUGCGUGGAGGUGGAGAGCUGCUCGCUGGCGUGCAGCUGGUGAGGCUAGCCAGACGGCUGGCUGUGCAGGAUUCGAAGGCUGGGAAGAAGGGGAUCUGCAGCUGGAAGAUUGCUCACAGGGGUGAGUAAGGGGAGGAAGAAGACAGCUGCUGGGUAGGAAAGGAAAGGGAGUGAAGAAAGGAGGCUUGUUUCUACUCCCUGUUGUUUUCUUAUGUGAGGAAGUGCAGCAGUUGGGGAGCUCUGUUCUUGCGUUCAACGGAGAUGAAUCCUGAGGAGGUUGAAGCUGCAAAGAAAGCAGCACAAGAUAAGCUGGAGAAGGAGGCUCAGGGAGAAUCCACACUCGUUACGAAAGGUGAUAUGAGAAGUUUGCUGCAGGAUCUUAUGGCAAUGGGGAUAAUGGGAUCAAAAGCUCCCGUGGGAACACCCGAGUUGAAGCUAGAGCUGACGCCGAAUGAAUUGAAGUUAGACGGGAGCAAGAACUAUCUGAGCUGGUCAAGGAGGGCGAAGUUGAUCUUGAGGACAAAGGGUGUAGAGCACUGUGUGCAGGAAACAUUCAUAGAACCUGCAGAUAGAACAAGUGUUGAUUGGCGAGUGUGGAACACCACCAACUCUGUGGUUGCAGCAUGGUUGAUGAAUUCCAUCUCUCCAUCGAUUUCUAGGAUGAUAGAAGCAAUUGCAAGUGCACCGACGAUUUGGAAGACGUUGAGCAAUAUGUACUCUGGGGCUGGCAAUGUGAUGAUGAUGGUGGAGGUCCAGAGUAAGGUGGGUGAACUCAAGCAAGGGGAGAAAACUGUCCAAGAGUAAGCCAGUGAGCUGCAGCAACUAUGGUCUGAUUUGGACCACUAUGAUCCAUUGCAAUUGACAUGUUCUUGUGAUAUUGAGGCUGGUGAAGCUUGGCAGCAACGUAGAAGGGUUACACACUUCUUAAAGGGGUUGAAUACAUAGUUUGAGCCAAGGAGGGCUGCCAUGUUUCACCAGACAACAUUGCCUACUAUGGAAGAGGCGAUUUCAGCAAUGGUCCAGGAGGAGGUUCGCCUGCGGGUGAUGGUGGGUAGCAGCAAUCCUGUUCGGUCAGUGUAUGUGGCUGACAAUAGAGAAUGCUACAAUUGUGGAAGGACAGGACAUCUGAGCUAUGAGUGUUAUGCUCCACCAUCUGGAGGACGCGGACGCGCGACCCGUGGUGGUGGCCGUGGAGGCCGGGGUGAGGGCCAUGGAGGACGAGGUGGUGAUCAUGGGGGUCGUGGUGGACGUGGCAGAGGUCGUGUCAGCACUAGAGCCUAUGCUGUUGCAGGGGAAACAUCACACAUCAUGCUUACGGGUGAGCAAGCAGCACAAUGGGAGAAAUGGCAGAAGAGCCAUACAUCAGAAAGUUCACAGGGAUCUGACACGAUACCUCAGGCGGAUCACUUUGGUAAUUAUGCCAACUAUGCCCAAGUGGGCAAAGGAGAAUAGGACCGGGAAGAUGAUUGGAACUGGAACGUGGCGUAAUGGACUGUGGUAUAUUGAUCAAGGAGAAAUCACGCUCGUUGUGGCUGUAGGAGGUGUUGAGGCUGAGAUUUUGUUGCAUCAUUGUCGCCUAGGACAUCUUUCUUUUGGGAGUUUGAGUCUCUUGUAUCCUGAGUUAUUUAAGAAAGCAAAUUGAAGCAAAUUAGUGUGUGAUGCUUGUGAGUUUAGCAAACAUACCCGAGCAACUUAUCCUAGUACUGGUCUCCGAAGUAAUGAACCGUUCUUAUUAAUACAUUCAGAUGUUUGGGGUCCUUGUUUUGUUACAUCUAUGAGUGGUUUUAGAUGGUUUGCCACAUUCAUUGAUUGUCACACUUGUAUGACGUGGAUCUACUUGAUGAAGCAGAAGAGUGAAGUUCUCACAUGCUUCCAGGACUUCCACAAAAUGGUGGCCACUCAAUUUGACAAGAAGGUUCGAAUUCUUCGCUCGGAUAAUGGGACAGAGUAUAUUAAUUAUGUUUUUGAUGCUUAUCUCUCAGAUCAGGGAAUGAUUCAUCAAACCAAUUGUGUUGGGACCCCAACACAAAAUGGAGUUGCCGAACGAAAGAAUAGACACCUCUUGGAGGUUACCAGAUCAUUGAUGUUUCAAAUGAAUAUACCGAAGAAUUUAUGGAGUGAAGCUGUGAUGACAGCAGCCUAUCUGAUAAACCGUAUGCCAUCCAGAGUUUUGGGUAUGAAGUCUCCAUGUGAAAUUCUACUGGGUGAAAGAGAAUUUUAAAUUACCUCCGAAGGUGUUUGGAUGUGUGUGCUUUGUCCAUGAUCACCAUCCAGGUAUAGACAAGCUGGAUCCCAGGGCAAAAAAGUGUAUUUUUGUUGGCUAUGCAUCAAAAAAGAAGGGAUAUAUGUGCUGGAAUCCGAUUGAGAAGAAGUUGUUCGUGAGUUGGAUGUGACUUUUCGGGAGUCUGAGCCAUACUACAAGAAUGCAGGGGACCUGGAGCAGUUUUUGGGUGAGUUCUCCCCUAUCAUUAAGGGUGAUAUCAUUAAGGGUGAUGACAGGAGAGAGGGGGAGAGUGGAUGCACUACGGGAGAAGAAGCAGUUGUUGGAGGCACUAUGGGAGAGGAAGGAGUUGUUGUGGGAACCAUUCCCUACCCUAUGGUGAUUUCUUCUCCUGAGAGACCGGUUGCAACCAAGGAGUUGCAGGUGUACCAGAGAAGGCAUCUUCGCGAUCAGGGGGUGCGAACAAUAGUUGAAAAUGAGCAAGUUGCGCGAGCUGAGGAGGAACUACAACAGACUGAACCCCUAGAGCAGCCACAGUGCCAGGAUGACAUUCGUGUUCCAGUCAUCUCUCCGGGCCUCUCACCAUCAAGAUCCUCACCGUCAUUAGAGAUAGGUGAUGAUGCUUCUCCCUCUCCAUUGCAUUUAGAAUUACCUAUUGCCCAACGCAGAGCAAUUAGAAGUAAUGCUGGAAAGCCCCCAGAUUUGUAUGGUUUUGAACAUGACAUUGCUAAUUUUGUGUCAUACUCAUGCAUUUCACCUGCAUACAAAGCAUUCAUUUCAUCUCUUCAAUCUGUAUCCGUUCCAAAUGAUUGGAGAACAGCAAAGCAGGAUCCCAGGUGGAAGGAGGCUAUGAAGGAAGAGCUUAGUGCUCUCCAAAGAACAAGACAUGGGAUCUUGUGCUACUCCCACCAGGAAAAAGGAUAGUGGGCUGCAAGUGGGUGUUCACAGUGAAGCAAACCCCUGAGGGGAAGGUGUACAGGUACAAGGCAAGAUUGGUUGCGAAAGGUUAUAGUCAAACUUAUGGAAUAGACUAUGAUGAGACCUUUGCACCAGUAGCAAAGAUGAGCAUUGUGAGGACACUAGUUUCUUGUGCUGUGAAUUUUGAAUGGGCACUUCAUCAAUUGGAUGUGAAAAAUGCAUUCCUCCAUGGGGACCUACAUGAGGAGGUCUAUAUGGAGAUACCACCUGGAUUCGGAAAUAGUCAAACAGAUGGAAAGGUAUGCAAGCUUAAGAAAUCUUUAUAUGGUCUGAAUCAAUCUCCCCGGGCAUGGUUUGAUAGAUUCAAACGCGUGGUUGUUGGGAUGGGAUACUCCCAGUGCAAUGGAGACCAUACGGUCUUCUACAUGGAUAGGCAGAAACACAUAACUAUUCUAGCAGUGUAUGUUGAUGAUAUAGUGAUAACUGGUGAUGACGCAAAAGAAAUCAAGGACCUAAAGGAGAGACUGGGAAAUGCAUUUGAGGUCAAAGAUCUUGGACCACUUCGGUAUUUUCUUGGGGUUGAGAUUGCUCGCUCAUCCAAGGGAGUAAUUCUGACCCAAAGGAAAUAUGUUCUUGAUCUGCUGAAUGAGACAGGGAUGUUGGGAUGUCGUCCUAUUGCCUCACCUAUGGAUAGGAACCACAAAAUAAGUGCUCUGUCAGGUGAUCCUGUCAACAAGGAGAGGUAUCAAAGGCUAGUGGGGCGUCUAAUCUACCUCUGUCACACAAGACCUGAUAUAUCAUAUGAAGUGAGUGUGGUGAGCCGGUAUAUGCAUGAUCCAAGGGUUGGGCACAUGGAAGCCGUUUACCGUAUCCUAAGGUACUUGAAAGGAAGUCUAGGAAAGGGACUAUGGUUCAAACUAAACCAACACCUUGAUGUGGAAGGGUACUGUGAUGCUGAUUGGGCAAGCAACAUAGAUGACAGAAGAUCCACAUCAGGCUAUUGCAUAUUUGUGGGAGGUAAUCUUGUGUCAUGGAGGAGCAAGAAGCAAGAUGUUGUAGCAAGGUCUACCGUAGAGGCUGAAUAUAGAGCUAUGGCUGUAAGCAUGAGUGAGAUGAUUUGGAUGCGGAGCCUGCUGUCAGAGCUUCGAGUAUUAAGAAACAACACAAUGGUGUUGCAUUGUGAUAACAAGUUUGCAAUAAACAUUGCUAACAACCCUGUUCAGCAUGAACGCACCAAACACAUCGAAAUUGAUAGAUUCUUCAUGAAGGAGAAGAUAGAUGGUGGAAUGUUAAAGCUAGGUUAUGUAAAAUCUGAUGAGCAGUUAGCAGAUUGUCUAACUAAAGGGUUAGGACCUAGUGAUGGUGUUGUAAUCUGUAGCAAGAUGGGCAUGGUUGACAUCUUUAGCCCAUCUUGAGGGGGAGUGUUGGUGUGUGUGUGUGUGUGUGUGUAAUACUCUGGUUGUACAGGGUCUAAACUGAAAAGAGUUAAUAAAAGGGAGAGGGUGUCCAGGGGAGACACACGACAAAU